GGACAAGGAGAAAAAGUAAAAACACGGGAAUGGUUAAUUGGUCCGAUUCAGAGAGGUGUAAUUCAGCAAUCACAGCAAUGUUUUUGGAAUGAUUAAUCUGUAGAAAUGGGGAUUAUCAGAGAGAAGAAGCGCGCUUCUCCUUCGGCAACUUCACCUUGUGCCCACUUCCGAACUGCUUAUCACAACUGCUUCAACAGGUGGUAUUCAGAGAAGUUCUUGAAGGGCCAGUGGGAUAAAGAAGAGUGUGUUUCUGAGUGGGAGAAGUACAGAGAGUGUUUGUCUCAAUAUUUGGAUGAUAAGCAUCUAAGUCGGUUCUUGGAGGCUGAUGGCAUCGGGGGCUUAAACAAUCCAGCUGAAUUUAAGGGCCAAACUGGUGUUUCUUAGUGAUUUUUUUUAUCAGAGGAAUACUACCGUGGCUAUUGAUUGAUUGGGGAUCCCUGCAUAUUGUGAUCAAUCAGAGUGUUGGGAGUCCAGUACGACUAGCAGUAUGGUCUAUAGGGGGGAGUUCAUCUAGUCAUGUAAUUUUUCAAUUAAGAGAAAUUUUUCUAUGAUAUCUUCACUGUUGUAUCCAUACUUAGGGCAUAUUGAUCAGCUGUUUCUGGAACUGUUUCUUUACUCAGGAGCCGAAGUUGUUCUUGCAAUUUUGCAUAAAAAGAAGUCCCAAUACACUACAUGCCAAUUAUUUGAGAGAGGCAAUCCCUUGUAAGGCGCGACCUUACUUAAAACCAUUGCCAUCAGCUACAAUAACAUGAUGAGUUUCGACCAAAUGGGUCAGUUCUUUUGUAUACUUAGCAGCAGUUUUUGAAUCUAGAUCCAGUAGCUUUUUAUUUCUUCUUGAAAAGGAAAUGAGCAACCAUCCACUCUUCUCCA